AUGGCCUGGCAGGACCUGAAGACUCCUCCGCACUGGUGGGUUUCGGGCUCAAAAAGCCCAGACCUGCAGGAAAGUGAGAGCACCAUUAUAUCAAACACCUACCCGACCACUUCAUUUGUCAGUAUAUCUGAGGAAAUCACAGCCACUGCGCCGAAUCUCGUGAGUGCCCACUUCUGUCUCUUCCUCUCUCUCUUUACAUUUUCUGACUUCCAACCUCGAUUCCACUCCUACUUGCUUUUCACUUUGUUGCUAUUUCAUGAAUGCUAUGCUAUGAGUAGGUUUAGCCACUCUUAG